CAGAGCAUGUGCUCGCCCUUGCUGCACUUCUCAUACAACACCAUCGCUGCCGCUUUGGAGGCAGGCCUGUCCUCACACGUGCUCUCGCUGCACGUUCACAUGUCCCUCGAAGAGUGCUUCGCGCUGCUCACCAUGAGCAGGCCCUGCCUCAUCUUGCCUGUCCUUGCCGGUGCUGGCAUCAGCAUCGCAGCUGUGCAAAGUGAGUCACCGCUGUUCACACUUGUGUGCCUGCUGCGUGCGCUCAGCUUCCCCAAGGGCCAGCCCCUGCCACAGAUGUGCAUGCCCCCCUUCGAAGGCCCACUGCCUGUGUGCUUGUGCUCAGAAGGCCAGCCCCUGCUGCAGAUGCGCAGCCUCUGCACUGCACGUGGACUAUUUUGCCACGCUAAGGCCAGUGAGUGGUCAUGGACAUAGACAUGGACACACUGAGUGUGUAUGGGAAUGGGAAUGGGGGUGGUGGGGGUGGGAGUGGAGGUGGAAGUGGGUUUGGGAGUGGCAUCCCCGAGCCAGUCUUUGAGGAGCAUGCACUGCAGUGCAUGUUCUGCCAGUUGGUGUACGGUAAUGGAGACAGGAGCUUAUGGCUCAGCUUGCUAGUAUCUGCUCAUUGUCAUCACUGACAGCAAGAAUGUUUCUUAGUAGCUAUUAAUAGUAAAGUCAAUUGAA